AUGACCAGCCUGAAGGAAAUCUGUCGUGGUCUUCCUCUAUACCCUUUGCCUGAAAACAGAGGUCGGAGGAAAGGAAUACCCCAUGCACCAGUGAGAACCCCUAAUCUCACUGCUCAGGAGAAAAAGCUGGCUUUGUGCAAUGCUUUGCGUUAUUUCCCACCUGAAAUACAAAAGAAGCUGGCGCUGGAAUUUGCUGAAGAACUCAGGCUCUAUGGCCAUAUCUAUAUGUACAGAUUCUUUCCAGAUAUUGAGAUGAGAGCAUACCCCAUAGGAGACUACCCUUGCAAGACCAAAUCAGCUGCUGCCAUUAUGUUGAUGAUCAUGAAUAAUCUGGAUCCCUCAGUGGCUCAGUUUCCUCAGGAGCUUGUCACUUACGGAGGAAACGGGCAGGUCUUCAGCAACUGGGCGCAGUUCUGGUUGGUAAUGCACUAUUUGUCAGAGAUGACUGAAGAGCAAACACUAGUAAUGUACAGUGGACACCCUCUGGGACUCUUUCCCAGCCAUCAGUAUGCUCCUCGAUUAAUCAUUACUAAUGGCAUGGUUAUUCCCAACUAUUCCACCAGAGAUGAAUAUGAGAAGAUGUUUGCUUUGGGAGUAACAAUGUAUGGUCAGAUGACUGCAGGGAGCUACUGCUACAUUGGGCCUCAGGGAAUAGUCCAUGGGACUGUGCUCACAGUGCUCAAUGCAGGCCGUCGCUACUUGAAGGCAGAAGACCUGUCCGGAAAGGUGUUUGUUACUUCUGGUCUCGGAGGAAUGAGUGGGGCUCAAGCAAAGGCUGCAGUCAUUGCUGGGUGUGUGGGGAUCAUUGCAGAGGUUGAUGAAGCAGCACUUUUGAAACGUCACAAGCAGGGAUGGCUGAUGGAAAUCUCUAACAACCUGGACCAUUGCAUUGCUCGCCUUAGAGAUGCAAGAAAGAAUAAAAUUGCCCUUAGUUUGGGUUACCAUGGGAAUGUGGUAGAUCUAUGGGAGAGGCUAGUAUAUGAGCUGGACACAACAGGAGAGUUGCUAGUUGACCUGGGGUCUGACCAAACUUCGUGUCAUAACCCGUUCAGCGGGGGAUACUAUCCGGUACAGCUUGGCUUUGAGGAAGCAAAGCAGCUCCUUUCCACCAAUCCGGGGAAGUUCCGGACCCUGGUACAAGAGAGUCUGAAGAGACAUGUGGCUGCUAUUAACAGACUAGCUGAUAAGGGCAUGUUUUUUUGGGAUUACGGCAAUGCUUUUCUCUUGGAAGCUCAAAGGGCUGGUGCUGAUGUUGAGAAAAGAGGAGCCAAUAAAACAGAAUUUCGAUAUCCUUCCUACGUUCAGCACAUCAUGGGGGACAUUUUUUCCCUGGGAUUUGGGCCAUUCCGCUGGGUUUGUACCUCAGGUGACCCACAGGAUCUUGCUACCACUGACUCAAUUGCCAUGUCUGUGCUGGAAGACUCUAUACGUCAGGGAGCGAGCACAUCUGUGAAGCAGCAGUACCAUGACAACAUCCGCUGGAUUCGGGAAGCUGGCAGGCACAGCUUGGUUGUUGGCUCUCAAGCUAGAAUCUUAUAUUCUGAUCAGAGGGGUCGUGUGUCUAUAGCUGUGGCUAUUAAUCGAGCGAUUUCCGAAGGAAGGAUUAAGGCUCCGGUAGUCCUCAGCCGAGAUCACCACGAUGUGAGUGGGACCGACAGUCCUUACAGAGAAACGUCAAACAUUUAUGAUGGAUCAGCCUUUUGUGCAGACAUGGCGGUACAAAAUUUUGUAGGAGAUGCAUUCAGAGGAGCGACCUGGGUUGCACUGCACAAUGGUGGUGGAGUUGGCUGGGGUGAAGUGAUCAAUGGAGGAUUUGGCCUGGUUUUGGAUGGGUCCACAGAGGCUGAAGAACGGGCCAAGAUGAUGCUCAGCUGGGAUGUUUCCAAUGGAGUUGCCAGACGCUGCUGGUCGGGUAAUGACUAUGCUUAUGAAACGAUCUGUCAAGCAAUGAAAGAGAAUGCCACAUUGAAGGUGACUCUCCCUCACAAGGUGGUGGAUGAGAACAUCUUGGAGCAAGCCCUGAAACGUUAG